GCAACACGACCGCCAUGGCCCGCAGUUCGCUAAUGCACUGCGCGCCUUUAGUCGUCGCUCUGCUUUUCGUCGCAGACCCAGUGUUCGCUACGGGCGUCUCUGAGGACUCCGACUUGGAACGCAGUCACACGUCGACCGUGAGAACGACCGUGGGAGCAACGGCAUUCCUGAUGUGCCACUUGCCCAACAUCGGAAAAGAGGUGUACUGGGCACGGCAGCAGGCGGACAAAGUGUUCUUGAAACAUUAUAGGCACGUGACCAAGGGAUUCGAGCGCAUCGAAGCUUCCUGUUCGCAACAAGAUGACGUCUGCUUGUUGACGAUCAGCAAUGUUCGGAAGACCGAUUCGGGACUGUAUUUCUGUGGGGUUGACAGCACGCCGCCCAUCCGACGCUUCGUGUACCUCUCUGUUUCCGAGCCGGAGACGACAAUUUUGGGGGAGCCUUUUAGAACACACUGGCAAGGCAGCGGUAUCAACCUGACGUGCGUAGUUCAGCCUCGGCGACAGCCAGGAGAUACCGUCCUGUGGAUGCACGACGAUUUGGUCAUCCACGCAGACCACGACUCCCGCCUCACCAUCACUACAAAGAUGGAUACCUCCAUAAUAAGCCAACUGCUGCUCGAGGAUGCCCAGCCAAAAGACUCUGGGACCUACACCUGCAAACUCCCCAGUGGCAGCAGUGACAGUGUCGAAGUAGAAGUGAUGCAAGUGGUCAAAGACGAUUUCCAUGCUGCCAUGUCCGGGGGGCACCGACCUCUGUCUGCGGUGCCACCAGCGGCUCUCGUGUUCCCCGUCAUCGCCGCCGCCGUCGGCAGCAUCUGCCGUUGACGGAGACGUCGCGGGAGACCUACACUCUGGCUGUGCAGCCUGUGGCGGUGCUGCCAACUCUGCGCUCCUCAUCUCUCAAAAGACCAAGAAAUCUGAUAGUCAUUAGCGGUGUGUCGCCUGAAUGUCGAAGGGCUGAAUUCUGCUGCAGGAAAGUCGAAUGACUUUGACUCGACCUUGCCGCAGUAAAUUACGCUAUCUCUUACAAAAGUGAUGAAGUUAUCGGUUAUUGAUGAUUACAGCGUGAAGAUCUGGAUACGACAAUGUGGAUGAAUGCCCAAAGAAACAAAUUGCAUUAAGCGCACUCUUUAGGCCAAAGAAUAUCUACUUUCUUUGGUUUUUACUUUGUUAUUGGGACAACUGAAAGCUGAUAUGUUUUCGGCGACAGUUCAUCUGUAUUUUGAUACAAAAUUACAUAUUAUAAUACGACAAGAAUAAAAAGUAAAGCGGAAAACUUUUUAUUGGUUAGCACUACUGAUUUCUUAUUUUCAUUUAGGUAACGAGCAUUCAGGACUAAGAAGAAAAAAAAACAAUAAUUAGAAACAUUACGAGAGUAGCGUGUUCUUGGUUUCACACAAACGUUAAGGAGCUUGAAGGGUUUCGUUUAAUAAAGAAACGAAGAACAAUGCCAGAGUAGCUACAUCAGCCACCAACCGUAGGGGUUCGAAGUGAACAAUUCCCUGUACAGAGGCACAUUACAGAUCACGACUGCAUGUAUACGCACUAACAUUUGGAGAAAGGUGCACCCUUUCUGUUUAUGUCAGUCCAUUUUAUGACGGGCAGUCAAACGAAAAGACCUGCCAAAAUGAGAACAUGGAAUAGUUCCAUUCAAAAAGUAAUCACCACACGCGCUAAGACGUUUGUCCCACUUGGAGGCCAGUCGUUUCGCAGAACGCGGUCAGUCGCUAACGGAUCCAAAACCGCACCCAGUCUGGCAUAUCCUCGUCCGACUGAAACCGACGUUGAUGUAUGUCUUUUCCAGGUCGCCAAAGAUGCGAAAAUCACGGGGUGAAAGUUCCGGGCUGUAAGAAGGAGGUUGUUGCAGAGUUUCCCAAGCAAAUGACUGAAUCAUACCCUUCGUCCGUUUGGUAGUGCGUGGGCGGGCGUUAUCAUACAACAGUAUGACUCCGUGCGGCCGCAUUCCGAACAGCUGGAGGGCAUACGACAAAGUCAAUGGAAAUAUCUAACAUCUCCCCCUCCGAAGAAAGAUCUUCACGCAACUUCCGAUAAGGUCAUACUGACCUUCUUCGACUGCAGGGGCCCUCUGCUCGUCGAGUUCCUCGAAUGUGGAACCACAAUCAACGCGCAGCGCUAUGAAGACACUUUGCAGAAUCUGUGUCGCACCAUGAUGUCAAAAUGCCCGGGAAUGCUGUGGGACGGAAUCAUGCUACUACACGAUAACGCCCGCCCGCAAUCGGACGAAGGCUGCGCUUCAUCGGUUUGGUUGGGAAACACUAUAACAUCCCCCGUCCAGGCCGGAUCUUUCAUUGUGUGAUUUUUACAUCUUUGGCAACGUGAAGAAAGCCGACGUGGACGUCGGUUUCAGUCGGACGAGAAAGUGCAAGGGUGCUGCGGUUGUGGAUCCGUCAGUGACAGACAGCGUUCUGCGAAACAGGAAUUUAUCGAUUCAUCUUCAAGUGGGAUAAAUGUCUUAAGGCGUGUGGUGAUUACUUUUGAGUGGAACGAUUCCACAGACAAAUUGUAGCGGGUGUUCAGUUUUCAUUUGACUGCCCCUUGUAUUUACAGUUUGUUUUAUUCUGUGGUAGCAUUUCUGAGCUGCUAUGACGCUAUUUGUCGGUGAAGAUGUAAGUCUCUAGGCAAUAACUUUUUAAUCAUCUACAUUAAUCUUUGUUUAUUUCAAUAUCUGUGUAAACAGCAUCGAUCUACUGCCGAUGUUCUUGAACCACUUUGCAUGAACGAACCUCUCUAAUAUAAUCUCUUUCCGUCUUCUUAAUGGCGUUGAUAAAAACUGAUCUGAAAAACUGUCAUUCGAUUUGUACAGGCGUGAUUAGAUUCGGUUAUGAACUUUCUUGCUAACAGUUCCACUGUUUGUCUAUUGAUUCCGACGGUGCUAUACCCUCGCGUCCAUGACCAGUUAUAAACCUGUAAUCCAACCACAGCAGACGAUUGUAGUUUCUGUUGCGUCUCGGUGACGCACUAUAUCCUCUCUAGACUCACGCACACCCCACUACUGGGAACGUUAGGACCGCCGCUUCACCUGGGAUGACGCUCCUUAGUAGCCAUACUCAUUCUCAAACAGAGGUAUAAUUCAAGAGCUGGACAGUGACAGUGAUAACACAGGAAUUUAGAGUGUCUACUUCACCAGCGCUACUGCAUUAACAAAUAUGCACCUCCCUAUGCACUCGAACAUGCCGAAGCCAUUAACCACUGGAAGAAAGUUGUAAGCUGUUGGCCAACUACCGAAAAACUGUUCUACUUGUCUCUGGUAACAUCUCCUACCAAGGAUAAACUACAGGAGAGUAUUAACAGCACAGAACACGUCGAUCUAUAUAAACAAAAAAUCGGUUGUCACAUGCGUGGAAGAUCAUCGCCUGAGAAUGGCUCGACCUAUACGGCUGAUUUAUUUUUAAUUUUUUUCGUUUUAUUCGUAAUUGUCAGUACAAAGUUUGUACUAAAUAAAACUUUUGGAUAAUCCACGGGAGAAGCCGGAAAUGUGGAUGUCUUUUUCUACGAAAAUCUCAGUGAAAGAAAUGUGACGGUCAGUUUGGUAAUUCUGCUGUUACACGUUUUCGUAACAAAAACUGGUGACGUUCAGUUUGAUAGUUUUGCUGUCGCAUGUUUUCAUAACAAGAGCAAAUUCUGCAUUGAAUGUUGAUAUUUUUCGAAGAAGAAUAGAAUUCAAAGUAAUAUUUCAGGGUGUUAUCCAGCGGUGGCGAUCUUACUCCCACACUUGGUACGUUGCAAAGAUUGAAUUGAUAUCAGUUCGCGGUUAUUUUGUAUGUUGUAAACAGUUAAUUGAUUUCAAUUCUUGGCUGACUGACAGACUGACGACGCAGAGCCUAAAACACAAGAGAUAUAUACAUGUUAUUCAGUAAUAACCUUCUUUUAAACCGGUUGCGAGAAACAAUACGCACGCUAUGCUGUGAAAAUGUGCGGCUUUGUUUUCCUUUGGGCAGUCAUGAUUAAGAGAAAACAGAAGAGCUGUAUUGAUGGCUAACUUUGAAGUCCUACCUGUUCGUGGAUGAAAACCAUGCGAAAUACUGCCAUUAAAGCCACUGUCCUCACAGAUGCAGCAGCUGGAAAGAUCUACCUCAUAUCCCGUGCACUAAUGUUUCCAACCGAUUUACUCCAUUCAUUUUGACUUCUAUUCCCAAUCAAGGUUCUCCUUGGAAGCACAAUAAACAUGGUCACAGAGAGGGGAGCAAACGAGAUAGACAUAAAAGGAGGGAGGAAAUGGAUAGAAAGAAGGGGGAGGUGUAGUGGGGUGAAGGUGAUUGACAGAGAUAGGGAGGAGGAGGAGAUAGACAAAGGAAAGGGAGAGGAGGAAAGUGACAGGGAAAGGAGGGGAGAAGGAGAUUAUAACUCACAUCCAAUUCCCAUACAUAUUUAGCAAUUGCGAAGCACUACCCGGUUCGCUAGUAGUAUACAGAGUUUGUUGCGAGACUAGGUGGCAAAAAAAAAAAAAAAAAAAAAAAAAAAAAAAAAAAAAAAAAAAACACGCACACACACACACACACACACACAGACACACACACAAUUCAAAAAUCUGUGCGUAAAUAGAUCCGAAAGAGAAGAAAUGAGGCUGGGGAGUUCCUGUAAGCUGCCUAAAGCGUUACGUACGAAGACGGUGUCAUCGGCAGCCAAGUAAAAGCCUAGGGGUCUGUGCGGCAGCGUGGGCAGAAAGAAUGAUACUGUUUUCAGUUCGUUUUUGAUGAAUCUAAACAAAAGAAAACAUACGAUGCAGCGCCAUCAUAAUCGUUUGGGUACGAAAGUUAUAAGCAAAUUGUUUGAUUAAAAGAUGUGCGAAAAUUAAUUUCAAUUAUAAAACCACUCGUAGUUUUCAGGUUUGUAAUUUAUUUAUUACGCGUUUUCCCGGGUAGGUAUUCAUCAGAUAAUCUUAAAAUCAAUGCCAGGAGCAUAUGUCAAAUCGAUAUGAACACCAGAAUGGAAUAUACUUAGACACGACUACAAAAGGAGUCAUAACAGUGGAGAAUAUAAUAUGUGGAAGCAGCACGGACUAUCAUAUCCCGACAACACAUCCAGAGCUUCUUUGAUUCAGUGCUGAAGGGUGUAGCAGCGGUUAUAGCCAGCAAUGGCGGUAACACUCAGUGCUGAUUUCGUCAUCUUCCUCACUUCACAUGGGACUGUAAUUUCAAUUGAGUGAUCUUUAUACAACGUGUUAUCUCCCAAAUCAAUUUGACUGUUAUAUCUCCGAUCCUUCUUGGUGCUGCAUUUUGGAUGGCCAGCAGUGUAUUCACCGAAAACACUAAAAUCACUUCCAAACAAUCCAAUACAAAUUCAAAGGACGGUGUUGAAAUAGCAAUAGGCGAAUUCAAUAAAAUUAUUACCAUAUUCGUACAACAAUUAUUAACGAAGUUAUUAACAUGUGUGUACAUAAUUGUUUAUAACUACUGUAACUAAAGCUACUACAUAGGCGUGGCCUACGAUGCACCGUUUGAUAUGUUUUGAAGUCAGUUAUAUAAUUACCGUACUUAUUUACUGGUAUAGAUACUAGUUCUUAUAAAUAAAUUAUUGAAUAAU